CGGGUCCACGUCGUCGCCCGAAUAAGAAGGCUGGUGGUCGCCACCGCGCGCAGCCCAGUCCACCCACGAGUACAAACAGCGGCAGCUCGCCUCCACGCGAGCCAAGCGCCCGCCCCCGCAACGCAAAACCCUAGCCCCGCCCGGCCCAAACCCUAGGCGGCUACGGUCUCUGAUCCCGGCGGUCCCGCCCCAAUGGCGUCGUCGCCGGACUUGUUCCCCAACGUCGCCUUCUCCGACGUCUCCGCCCCCGCCGACGUGCCCGCGGCCGAGGGGGCCACCGCCGCGUUCGGUCUCGGCGCGGCCACUGGGGCCCCGCGCCUUAGCCUCGUGAAGGCCGGGAAGGCCGAGGCGGAGUCCACGGUCGAGAUCGACCUCGCCGACGCGCAGGUAUUCAAGUUGGGACCGAGGGAGUGGCUGUGCGUGUGCGACGAGUCGGAGGCUAAGGCUGGCGUGGAAGUGAAGUCAUUUUCAAGAGCAAUUAAGGUUGUUCUUAGGACAGAAGCUGAGAGCAAAGCCUUCUCUUUAGCUUUUCAACGAUGGAAACACCAAGUUAUUAGUGGAAAAGCUGGUGAGCGGCUGGAGAAUGGAUCAAUAAUUGCUUCGAAAAGCAAAUUCGAUACCAAAAUUGAGGCAUCAUCAGCAAAGAUGUAUUUCCACUACUAUGGCCAGCUAUUACAUCAGCAAAACAUGUUACAAGAUUUUGUGCGGACAGGAACAUACUAUGCUGCUGUAAUGGAAAACCGAUCUGACUUUGAGGGUCGAAUUGUGGUUGAUGUUGGGGCUGGAAGUGGUAUUCUUUCGUUGUUUGCUGCCCAGGCUGGUGCCAGACAUGUAUAUGCGGUUGAGGCGUCUGAAAUGGCUGAACAUGCUCAACGUCUAAUCUCCGGGAACCCGUCUCUUGGACAACGGAUCACGGUCAUCAAGGGCAAGGUUGAGGAAGUAGAGCUUCCAGAGAAAGCUGACAUCCUGAUUUCUGAGCCUAUGGGAACCCUUUUGGUUAAUGAGAGGAUGCUAGAGUCCUAUGUCAUAGCUAGAGACAGAUUCCUUGCUCCAGAUGGUAAAAUGUUUCCAACAACAGGAAGGAUUCACAUGGCUCCUUUUUCUGAUGAAUACCUUUAUGUUGAAAUGGCAAACAAGGCUCUCUUUUGGCAGCAGCACAAUUUUUUUGGUGUUGAUCUUACACCUUUACAUGGUUCAGCAUUCCAGGGAUACUUUUCACAGCCUGUUGUGGAUGCAUUUGACCCAAGAUUAUUAAUUUCUCCACCAACAUAUCAUACACUUGAUUUUACUAGCAUGAAGGAAGAGGAGCUUUACGAGAUUGAUAUUCCUCUGAGUUUUGUAGCAUCAGUUGGCACUAGAGUACAUGGAUUAGCUUGUUGGUUUGAUGUAUUGUUUAAUGGGAGUACUGUGCAAAGGUGGCUUACCACUGCUCCAGGAUCCCCUACCACUCACUGGUACCAACUGCGAUGUGUGCUUUCACAGCCAUUGUAUGUCAUGGCUGGUCAAGAAAUAACUGGCCGUCUUCAUCUCGUAGCCCAUAGUUCUCAGAGCUACACAAUAUACUUGACAAUGUCAGCUAAAAUGUGGGGUGUGGGUGCGGAGCAAGGCGGUAUCCUACAGACAUCUACCGGAAAACUUGAACUCAAGGAGCCAUACUACAGGUUGUCUCAGCCGCAAUCCUACAUGUUGCCACAAGAUCAGCAGCAGCAGCAAUUGCCAUCUUUGCAGGCACAGGGAUCAGAGCAGCAGAUGCAGGAAGGGCUUAGCCCAGGCAUCACGAUAGACCAAGUAGACCAAGAUUGUGGCCUCAACUAGACAGCUUGAAGAACCUGAGUUGUUUUCCAGCAACGAGCUCAGGUCUGUACAACAGUUCAUAGUGCUCGUUAGCCUAUAUUGUCAGGCGUUAGCUGCCAAAUGCUAACAUCACGUUUGAGGUGUACGAGACCAUUCCUGAGUUGUGCAGCUGCAGCUAACUGCGGUCGCGCCUGUUCCGUUACUUACGAGGGGGUCGAAAAAGGCAAUUAUAAAGUGUAUUUGGUUUCAGGUAAAGUGAAGAGCAGAGGCAUCUAACAAGGACGGGUGUAUGUUGUUUGAUAUAUUCUUGCUAGAAAUUAAUUUGUUUCCAUGUUAAGCAUGUUUAAUUCAGUUUCCUUAA